UCCACCCCGCGCGUGCGUGUGCGUGGAACGCGCGAACGGAGCCGAGGCAGGGGGCGCGCGCUGAGGCGCAGGCGGAGGCGGAGGCGGAGGCAGGGGCAAGCACCCGGCGGCCUCCGUCUGGCCGUGCGACGGCGUCAUGGGUGGCUGCUACUCUGUCAUCGCGGCCUCCAGGCUGCUGGCCCGGAGGCGCGCCGCCGCCGCCAUCAUGCCCGUGGCCAGCACCGACGACUGCCCCACCGACAGCGACGCCAACAGCAGCAGCUGCUGCAAGAAGAAGCGUAGGUCGACCAAGUGGAGGCGGAGCGCGCCGAUCCUGGGCGAGGACGACCAGUGCGCGCCCGGCGGGGAGUCCUUCGCCAAGCGGUACCGGCUGGGCGCGGAGCUGGGGCGCGGGGAGUUCGGGGUGACGCGCCGCUGCGAGGACGCGGCCACGGGCGAGGCGCUGGCGUGCAAGACCAUCCGCCGCAAGCGCCUGCGCCGCGCCGCCGACGCCGAGGACGUGCGGCGGGAGGUGGAGAUCCUGCGGCGCAUGUCGGCGCUCGAGGGCGCGGCCGGCGCCGUGGUGCGGCUCCGCGAGGCCUGCGAGGACGCCGAGGGCGUGCACCUGGUGAUGGAGCUGUGCGAGGGCGGCGAGCUCUUCGACCGCAUCUUCGCCCGGAGCCACUACACGGAGCGCGCCGCCGCCAAGAUCGGCCGCACCAUCGCGCAGGUCGUGCAGCUGUGCCACGACAACGGGGUCAUGCACCGGGACCUCAAGCCCGAGAACUUCCUCUUCGCCGGCAAGGAGGAGGACUCGCCGCUCAAGGCCAUCGACUUCGGCCUCUCCGUCUACUUCGAGCCCGGGGAGCGGUUCACCGAGGUGGUCGGCAGCGGGAUCUACAUGGCGCCGGAGGUGCUCAUGAGGAGCUACGGCCCGGAGGCCGACGUCUGGAGCGCCGGCGUCAUCCUCUACAUCCUCCUCUGCGGAGUGCCUCCUUUCUGGGGAGACACCGAUGAGCACAUCGCCGAGUCGAUAAUCCGGGGUGAAAUCAAGUUCGAGAGGGAGCCAUGGCCCAAGGUCUCCCAAACUGCAAAGGACCUUGUCAAGAAGAUGCUUGAUCCGGAUCCUGCUACCCGCUUGACAGCAAAUCAAGUCUUUGAGCAUCCGUGGCUCAAGAACGCCGACAAGGCUCCAAAUGUGUCACUUGGAGAGCUUGUUCGAUCCAGGCUUAAGCAAUUCUCAUCCAUGAACAAGUUCAAAAAGAAGGCACUCGGAGUCGUUGCCAAGAAUUUACCGGCGGAGGACAUCGAGAACUACACUCAGAUGUUUCAAAUGAUAGACAAGGACAAGGACGGUACUUUGACGCUUGAGGAGCUCAAGGAGGGCUUGCGGAUAAACGGUCAUGCUGUUCCUGAGACAGAGAUACAGAUGCUGUUAGAAGCUGGUGACAUAGAUGGAAAUGGCACCUUGGACACUGACGAGUUUGUGACAGUCUUACUUCACAUCAAAAAAAUGAGUAAUGAGGAGUACCUACCUGAAGCUUUCAAAUACUUUGACAAAGAUGGCAAUGGAUAUAUUGAAAUGGAGGAAUUGAUGGAGGCUUUAGGUGAUGACGAACUAGGCCCAGAUGAGCAAGUGAUCAAAGACAUUAUACGUGAUGUUGACACGGAUGAGGAUGGUCGCAUUAGCUAUCAGGAGUUUCAAGUGAUGAUGAGAUCUGGCUCAGACUGGAGGAAUGCUUCUCGGCGGUACUCAAGAGCAAAUUUCAGCAACCUCAGUCAUCAGCUCAACCUCAGUCAAAAGCUGUGCCAAUGACUUCUAUGGAACAAGACCGAUCCAAGCAGCAGCUAACCCACUGAGUGCAUCGAAUAGAAAGUAAGCAUCAGUAGAUGACCUAAAACUCAAAUCGGAUUGCUGGGUUUGGAGGACGUCAGGAUUUAAAGAAUAGCUCAUAACCCAGUUGCUCGGAUGACAAAGUUCCUGAAGCAGAAGCAGAAAACCCAAUGACAUCGCCCUUUGUACUGAAACCAAAAUAUUUCACACCUAGGAUACAUACUAAUGACUUAGGUACGGACAGAUGUAAGGGAAGAAAAGCACUUCCCCAAUUUUGACAUUUUACUACUGUGUCAAAUUUUAAAAGAAGUUGAAUCCAAUAGAAACGAAAAUUUCAUGGAUCAA